AGGGAUCAGAUGGUUAAGAUUGGAGGUGCCUAAUUGUCGUAAAGCUUUAGGCAGACACCCCAUCUCGCAUGUUUAAUUGCGAACGAUGACCACUCAUCACUUCCCAUUAAAACUUGCUUUGAAGGAUCAUGCGUUUUACAUUUCCCUUAACCCCCCAUUUAUAGCCGCUUCUCGCCUUACUGUUUCUCUUCCAUCUUUCGAUAUGGGACCAAUUACAUAUCAUCAUAUACAUAUAUGCUAAACCUUCUUCUGCAAAAUUAAGCUACCCACGUCGAUUCCCCACCGACCACUCCUCACGCCUCCGUGAUCUGGACGUAAUUGCCUGUUUAAACUCCCCCUCAGUCCUGCAUCAGCUUUCCGUGACACUAGGAUUCCAUUUGGCGCUGAUGAAAGCUUCUUGCCUGCUUGCUUCCGGUCAGCGUGACCUGACGAUGAGGUAAAAGACUUGGUAGUGGGUUUUCCUUCUUGUCGGCGGCGUUUCUCCCAAACUUUCUAGCCACUCUUACACCCUCUUUUACCGCCACCUCUCCUUCAUUAUAGAUAAGUCACCCCCUCCAACUUCUACGAGCGUCUUACACCAAGAGAGUUACCGUCUGCCUUCACGUUUAUAUACUUUAAAGAUGGUAACGAAAAAAGAAUCAUUCUUCUACACAGCUACAUCAUCCACCCUACGUUCAUGUCUCAGUUUCUAUUUUUCUUUCACAAUUGCAAUUUCUCUAUGGUUAGAAGAUUGGAUCGGGUAAGAAUGUCUGACACCAUUGCCUCCUCCAAUCGACAGUUUCCCGAGUUAACUAGGCAUAGUCGGGCGAUGUUUGAAGAAACCAUUUCGAGAGUUCUUCUCCUCCGGUCGUUUGGUUUUGAACGACCAAGAUCCAAUUGGGACAACUGGUCUGGAGCACGAGAUAAUAUAAUUCUCCAACAAGAACUUCCUGGGUCUUACCGUAUCAAAUUUCUGAAGUCUGCAACUUGGGAACAUGAAAAAGCACAUCAGUGUGUUGUCUGUUGGAGAUGUUAGCAACAUUUGAAAAGGCACCAAGAAAGUUAUUAUUUCCAUAAUUCUUGUAAUGAAUAAAAGAUUUGGUUCUAUAAUGGAUGGAUA